AUGCAACAUGUGACAGAGGUGCUGCAGAGGCUGAAAGAACACCAGCUUUUUGUGAAGUUGGAGAAAUGCCAAUUCCAUGUUCCUGUGGUAGAUUUCCUGGGUUACUGCCUCACACUAGAGGGGGUGUGCUUGGAUCCAGCUAAGGUGCAGAGCGUAGUUUCAUGGCAGGAACCCAAGACGAAGAAAGACCUGCAGCAACUACUGGGGUUCGCCAACUACUACUGCAAGUUCGAGCUGGCCUAUUCAAGACUCAAGGUGCCUCUCGUGGACUGCUUGAGGGGUAAGAAGUCAUUUCAGUGGACAGCUGAUGCGCAACAGGCAUUUGAGCAGCUCAAAACCAUGUUCUCCUCAGAGGAAUACCUAGCACAUGGCGACCCUCACUGGCCACUGGUCGUGGAAACAGAUGCCUCUGACAGGGCAGUAGGGGCGGUACUGCUGCAAGAGGACCAGAAUGGCAACCUGCAACCUUGUGCUUUCCACUUUAGGAAGCUGACUCCUUCCUGA